AUGUUUCCCACAAAUGAGAAACCAGUUUUACUUCUACCUGAUGAGGACAUUGACAUAGAAUUUGAGGAUGAAGUUGAUAAUAGUGCAGAAAUUGAGAAACAUUUGGACAUGCCUCGUUCAUGGGUGGAGCCACUGCACAUUUCUCUGAAUGAUUUUCAAAUGCGGUACCCUGGUGGAAAGAAGACCAUUUUCUACAAGAAAGCCAAACUUGAGAAAUUUGCAUUGUAUCUAAUGCCAGAUGGACUUGUCAAUCGUGUUAGCAUCUACGAAGAUACAGGAUUGUCAAACUUGAUUCAAGUGAAUGAGUAUUUUCUGAACCGGGCUGAUCGACUACACACACGAGAAUACGAUCAUUGUAAAUGUUGGGUCCACGAAUAUUUCCAUGAAGGACGGCCAAGAUGCUUAAAAGAACACCUAUAUAAAUUCAAUAGCACAAGCCCUGAAAGUGAGAGGACAAUGAUUUUUUAUCAUAAUGCUCGAGUUGAUGGACUUGAAAUGCGAAAAGAGACACCAACAGAAAUGACUGAGAAUUUUGUUGGCCGAGAAGACUUCCUCUUUUACAGAUUUACAGAAUUUGGUCGAAGACAGCAUGUGUUUGCACCCCAGAAUAUGCCUGAUACUGUGAAUGACCGACCUAUUAUAAAAAUCAUUGAAAAGUUCCACCGAAACCCCAACAAAGUUGCCAAUGAUGACAUUUUCAUCCGAACAUUUACCGAAAAUAAGAUCAGCAUCGUGUAUCACACUGAUGAUAAGUGUAUAACUUAUUCAACACGUGAUUUUCUCAAAUUGUCUACAUGGACUGACAAGAAUGCACCAAAUAUUGGAUGGAAUCCAGAAUUACACACAUCAUUUCAAGUGGGGCCAUCAGCAAGCAUAAAGAAAGAAGUGGAUUUGUACCAGUUCCUGCGGCAAAUGUUGAAUGAAGAAGUUCAAAGUCGAGAUGCUGUCAGGAAAUCAGAAUUAGAAGUAUGCUGA